CACACGUAGUAGCAUCUACGGAGUAGCACACAUAUUACUUAGCUCAAGAGAUGACCAAGGGAGCGGUGAUGCUUCUUGUUCUCUUCAUCACGGUGCUGUCCGCGGUGAGUGAGGCCCAUAGGCCCGGUAACAGGGCCCUAGCCCAUGGGCGUCGCCCGGGGGCCGACCCAGUUGCACCGACACACCUCCACUUCUACUUCCACGACAGCUCGAGAGGCACGCCCCCCACGUCGGUGCGGGUGGCAGGCCCGGCGAAGCCGUCGUUGCAGACCUUGUUCGGGGCGGUGUACGUGAUGGAUGACCCACUGACGGAGAGGCCGGAGCUCGGGUCAGCGGCCGUGGGACGGGCCCAGGGCUUCUACAUAGGGGCGGACCAGACAGCAAUGGGCUUCCUGCAGGUCAUGAACCUCGUGCUCACCUCCGGCGCCUACAACGGCAGCUCGCUCACCGUGCUCGGCCGCAACUUCCCGCUCGCCGAAGUCCGGGAGAUGCCCAUCGUCGGGGGCACCGGCGCCUUCCGCUUCGCCCGCGGGUACGCGCAGGCCCGGACCUACUCGAUGAACACCAAGACCGGCGACGCCAACGUCGAGUACGACGUCUACGUCAUGCAUUAGCAUGCAAAUAUUUAAGGGCUAACUGAUUGUAAUGCUUCACAGAGUGUUUUCAUUUCAUUUUUUAUUGCUUCAGGUUGGCCGUGCUUUGAGAUUUGGACUUCUCCUUUUCCUCAAUAUUGGUGUGCCUUUGCUUGGGUUGAUCGUCUAGCAAGUGGCAAGAAAUAAGUGAACCUAGGUGAAAUGUGGUGUGCUUUUUCUUAAAUCAAUGGAAAUUUAUUUAUCGCA